AUUUCACUCCAAUUCAAUGUCUUCCCCUGAAAUUGCUUCCCUUUCAUGGGGACAGAUGAAAGUGCAAGGCUGCACCACACUCUAUAAGGAUUGCAAAGUAUGGCCAGGGGGCAGUCGGGCUUGGGACUGGAGAGAGACGGGAACCGAGCAUUCUCCUGGUGUGCAGCCUGCGGAUGUAAAGGAAGUUGCGGAGAAGGGCGUACAGACCCUAGUGAUUGGCCGAGGAAUGAGUGAGGCCUUGAAGGUGCCUGCAUCUACUGUGGAGUACCUGAAGAAACAAGGCAUUGAUGUACGGGUCCUCCAGACAGAGCAGGCAGUGAAGGAGUAUAAUGCCCUGGUUGCCCAAGGGGUCAGGGUGGGAGGCGUCUUCCAUUCCACCUGCUGAUGGAACCUUAUGAGAGCAAUAAAUCACUGUGCAGGACGGCCUGCAACCCUUAACUCUCACCAUUUUGCACACCAGCCUCCUCCAGGCAUUUUUAAACAACUGCUCUAGUCAGGUCCUAUUCCAGGCUCUUGGGAUGCAUGAAUAUGACAACUUAAAGAUCAGAAGAUACAGAUACUGGCUCAGUUUUAUCAUGUACUAAAUGCUGGACAUGAUAUAACUGGAACCUUUGGAUAAAAAUUAAUUCUGUGCCUUGAAAACCAAAGAAAAGUGUAUGCAUUAAAACCAGACUGCAGUUGG